UGUAUAUAACCUAGGUCAAGUAAUGUCUGACUUGGCUCAGUGUAAUGCACAGUGAAGGUGAGACAGAGUGAUGGAGAGUAGACGUGAACCUUUAGGUACUCCUGAUGAGACUAUCAGUGUUCAGGAUAUCAACUGUUGGGGAACACUCCCCUCUGCCCCGAACUCCCUUCAAUCCAGCCUCAAACUUGAUGACAGUGUAGAUAGUACAGUAAUAAGGAACACGAUAGUGACUGAGUCCCUGAUAAUCCAUGAGCUUGAUAACAGAUUGUUGGACGCUGUGUGUCUUGAUGCUGAGGAUAACUCUGUACCUUCUCUGGAACGCAGUCUGGACACUCUAUCUGACAAGGGUGAUGUUAGUGAACAAGGUCCAAGUGAGGAAGACUGGAGUGGUAAAGUGGACCAUGCUGAGGAGAUCAAAGUAGCCAAACACUUCUCUGUUGAUCGGGAACUAAACGGGAAAAUAGCUCUCUGGUGUGGGAAUAUAGCGAGAGUUAAAGCUGACGGAAGUGUUACCUCGUGUGUGGAGAUGCUGAGGGAGAAGCAGCCCUCACAGACAAGGGAGCUGCUGAAGUUAGGGGGCACUGAGUUACAACGUGACGUCUUUAAUACUUACCGCUGUGUAACGGGGGACACUGCGCUCUUCAGAAACUCACUACUUCCCAUACGGCACAUCAUUAUAACGGCGGGUCCCAAAUACAACCCCAAAUACAUAUCAGCAGCUGAAAACACGCUCUUUACUUGCUACAGAAACUCUCUUAACCUUGCCAUGGACUACAAUGUAGAAACACUAACUAUUGGUAAAAUACACAACGAACACAAGGGAUACCCUGAAAAGGAGGCUGUUCACAUGGCACUCAGGGUAACGAGGCGUUUUUUGGAGAAACACGGCGACCGGUUCAGAAGGAUCUGCUUUGUACUUGAAAGUAGCCGAGAUAUGAUGUUUUACCAAGAACUGUUCCCCUACUACUUCCCCCGGAAUUCUGGAGACUACAAGUUCCAGCUUGAGUUACCAGACUGUAUGGGCGGUGACUACGGGGAACCCAUCAGAGAGGGAACUAACACUUCUCUUAUUAAAGCGCACUGGAGCACGUCCUCAACACCUCUCGCUAAGAAACUAAACGUGCACAGAUCGGACUUUGCAGCGAUGAAACAAGACCCCGACUCAGCCAGACUCUUCCAGCAAUCCCAGCAACCUGAUGUGUAUAACCAGCUGUUACAGUGGUCCCGUACAGAAGAUCUGUCCCGGGUAGCUAAGUGUAGAGCAGUCUACCACUCCGGGGUGGAUAGAGAGGGGGUUCCAGUGGUUGUUUGUGUGGGUAGACACUUCCCUACCCACCUUCCUGAACAUAAGGUGUUGUCUCACUGUAUCCAAGUGAUGGACCCCACUACAACCCGCCCCUACAACUUGGUCUACUUCCACACCACGUGUACAGGGCCCCGUAAGGACCUGGACCUUAUACAGAAGGUGUUCUCUAACUCACCUCUCAGAUACCGCACUAACCUCAAGGCCUUAUACAGUGUCCACGCUUCUAGACUCCAGAAGUUUAUGACGUGGUGGUUCACAGUAUCUAAAGUGAAAGAAGUGAAAGGGAAGAUAGUUCAGUUCAACUCUCUAGCUCAGCUAUUUGAGAAGUUCUCUCCCGAACAACUCCAAGUCCCUCAGUUCAUCCUAGACUACGACUACGGGGUAUGUUUUUGCUGUUUGUUCAAUAGGUGUCUUCGUAACUACUUCACACUCGUUUUAAGCUCUACAAUGAACAGUUUGUUUUAAGUGAGGGAUUCUAUCUUGAGAUUAACAAGAUAAAACUGUCCAACUAAAAGUAUCACGAUAACCUAUUGUUGAGACAUAUUUUAUCAUUUGUACAUGGUACUUUUACUCUCUUAUCUCUUAUUUAUUUAUCAAAUCUCUCGUUACAGACGCGCGGCUCUCCGGCUCCAGAUCUGUAAAAUACGACAUCACGUGUCACCAUGACAACGCACGUGAUAACCACGUGAUAACCAAUGAUAUCAAGGAGAACACUAAUAAAGUAAUGAAUGUACUUUAUACUUAUGUGUAGUUACCAACCGGGAAAUUGGUAGAUCACCGACCGGCUAUAAGCCGGUUAUAAGCCGGCUAUAAACCGGCUUAUAGCCGGCUACAAUUUUUAUAGCCGGCUAUAAGCCGGCUUAUAGCCGGUUAGUAGCCGCUUACAUUUGUUGUUGAGCGACGGCUAUUAGCCGGUUAUAAGCCGGCUAUUAGCCGUUUAGGUAUCGGCUAUAAGAAAUUCAGUGAAAACGGCUAUUAGCCGGUUAUAAGCCGGCUAUUAGCCGUUUAGGUAUCGAAAGUGGUUAUAAGCCGGCUAUAAGCCGGCUAUAAGCCGGUUAUAAGAUAUUAACUCAACUUCAUCGUACUGAACGAUAGUCAGGAGCCGGCUAUAAGAAAUUCAGCGAAAACGGCUAUUAGCCGGUUAUAAGCCGGCUA